AUGACAACGAGCCUGACUUUGAAAAUCGUAGCCCCCCCUAAAUAUAGCAAUUCGCAAUUUUGUAUGAUCAAUUGUUCGAUUCCGCUUGUUGCUGUAGAGAUACCUCGCUUUGUCCUUGUCGACCAACGCCCUCUGAUAUCCAAUGCAAAUGUGCCUGGACUUCGGCUUGCAGCGAAGGGAAAGAAUACAAUCCACGACCCUGGGUUUCAGUUCUAGCAAAAGCCAAGUGCCAGGUUUGGUAUAGGUUGAUUUUUGCAUCUAGAACACCAACAACCACGUUCCAUCUUUGUAUCUAGACUGAGGGCCAAUUCCAAAAACGUGCUCGUCCUCGCAUUUCUAACAGACUUUCAGCAUGGCGAAGGAAGUUCAUGAUAUCACAGAUACAUGCUUAAGAGAAGCGUACAGCACUAGGUUCACAACUGUGAGCAGAGCCGGGCAAGAAAGUCCAAGGCAUGUUUGCAAUGCAUAGCAGAGGCCUUGCAAUCGUCAGAAUACGGCGCUACUUCUGGAUUGCCUUUGCUUAGAAAUAUGAAUAUCUUCUUGCAUCUACAAUUACCAAAAUUCGAAAUGCAACUGUACUUACGUGCUGAUUUGCAGCAAAGAAGUAGCUUGAUUUUGAUAUUUUGCAAGGCAGAUAGCUGGAUGAUGGAUUGAAAUCGAUGUCUGUGCUAGCAGUAGUAACUCCACCCCUUUACAUAGUGACAGAACUAUUGCGCUACGCAAUCAAAUGACAGCUGCAAUGUUCACGCAAAGCAAACAGGAAUCCGCUUUGCUCGAUGUAAGAUAAAAUGUAUCACACGGCUUUGUGACGUCCUCUUUUGCUGUACUUCAAGCGCAAGCCCUGCCACUGCUACUCGAAUGAUCCGCAGGGAAACGAAAAAUACAAAUCCUAGAUGUGUAUUUGAUGUUGGUCGUGGCUCUUUGCCUCUAGUGCGUUGAUUUUCAAUCGCCAAUAGCCGCUUCUUGCUAUCUGCCCACAGAAAGGAGAAUAG